GGUCCAAAGUGACUGCAUCGACAUAUUUAUCCUGGGAUAUGAUAAAAACAAAGGGUGACUGCCUUGGCCUGGCUUCGAUGGUAGAAUAGGUGGCGGCUACCUUUGUGUCGCUGGGUACCUUCCGAGAAGAUAAGAGUUAGCGGUUGAUUUUCAUGGAUACCCUUUUCGAAGAUUUACAUGGUUCCAUGAACAACAACUUCAGAUUUGAACAUGACCCCCAGAACCUUGAUCAUGAUUAUAAUAAAGGUAACCAUGAAUUCAUCGAUCCUAUUUCACCUCCCACCAAUUCAGAUCUUCAGGGUGAGCCUUCUCCAUCUUCAGCCUCAGGCUCAAGUUCGGAGGGUGACUCUCUAGAAAGCGGUGAGUUUAGCAAUGCUAUUAUUCUCAGAUUCAUCAACGAGGUACUUAUGGAUGAACAAGAAGAAUUGGAGAAGAAGCCCUGCAUGUUGCACGAUUGUUUGGCUCUCCAAACUGCUGAAAAAUCAUUCUAUGAUGUCAUUGGUGAGGAGUACCCCUCUCCACUUCCUUGUUUGGAUCAAAAGUUUGAGAAUCCAAACCAUCAGUAUGUUCAGAGCUUCAGUAACGACAGCAGCAUCGGAUCUAGUACUAUUACUAGUCUAAGCAACCUGGGUGUCGACUCGAAUUGGGUCUGGAAUCAAGAUGAAGUUGGAUCCUUUGCUGUCCAAAGUCCAAGUAUUGAGUCACCUGAAGAUACCCUUUUGACCCCAGAUUCAUAUGGUGAAACAACUCGACCCCCUUGGCAUUUGGGAGGAGAAGCAGUACAAGGGAAAUCAGGUUUCUUUCUUCCAACGAAACUGAACAGGACAGCGUUUGCCAUCCCAGAAAACCACGAUAGCCAUUUCAGCACAUUAGAUGGAUCUGAAGGAAAGAAAGGUCAUCAUCAGAGAGAGUUUGGUACUGAUAGUCCAGAAGAAGAAGAAGGAAGAAGCAACAAACAGACAGCUGUGUAUCCCGACUUUUCUGAGCCAACGGAGUUCUUUGAUGAGGUACUCCUCUGUCCAAAACCAACACAAAACGACAACGAACCUUGUGCUUUUAAUGAAAACGACGACAACAAACCAAGGCAACAGCGGAAGAAGCAGCAGCCAAAAAGAACAAAGCAGAAGAAACGAAACAACAGCAACCGGGGAUUGGUGGACUUCACCACACUUCUGACGCAAUGCGCACAAGCCGUGGCCAGCUAUGACCAAAGAACCGCAACCCAACUCCUCAAACAGAUAAGAGAACACUCUUCUCCUCACGGCGACGAAAGCCAGAGGUUAGCUCAUUACUUUGCCAAUGGUCUCGAGGUACGCUUAUCAGGAGGGACGCCGUCGUACAGCCAUCUCGGCAGCAAUGGAGCUUCGGCUUUUGAUCUCCUGAAAGCAUAUCAGGUCUACAUCACCGCAUGCCCAUUCAAAAGAAUGUCACACAUUUACGCCAACCGAACGAUCCUAAAGCUCUCGGAGAAAGCAAGUAGAAUUCACAUAAUCGAUUUUGGUGUUCUUUAUGGCUUCCAAUGGCCUUGCCUCAUCCAACGCCUCUCGGAAAGACCCGGUGGCCCCCCGAUGCUCCGCUUCACAGGGGUCGAGUUUCCUCAACCGGGGUUUCGGCCUUCUGAGAGGGUCAUCCAGACGGGUCGAAGAUUGACGAACUACUGCGAGAGAUUCAAUGUCCCGUUCGAGUGUAACAUGAUAGCACAGAAGUGGGAAACCGUCAAAAUCGAAGACUUGAAGCUCGACAGGGAUGAGUUGACUGUAGUUAACUGUUUGGACCGUAUGAAGAACUUGCCUGAUGAAACAGUAAUAGAGGAUUGUCCGAGAGACGAAGUGUUGAGACUGAUAAGGAGAACAAACCCCGAUUUGUUCAUCCAUGGCGUCGUGAAUGGGACUCACAAUGCGCCUUUCUUCUUGACCCGUUUCAGAGAAGCGCUGUUCCAUUUCUCGGCUCAGUUCGACAUGUUUGAAGCGAGUUUGCCCAGAGAAGACCAGCACAGGCUGAUGUUCGAGAAGGAGGUGUUCGGUCGAGACGUGGUGAACGUGGUGGCCGGAGAGGGUUUACAGAGAGUGGAGAGGCCGGAGACUUAUAAACAAUGGCAAGUGAGGAAUGUAAGAGCUGGGUUUAGGCAGGUGGGUUUGGAUGGUGAACUGGUGAAGUUAGUGAGGAACAUGGUGAAGAAACAUUACCAUAGGGACUUCGUCGUUGAUGAGGAUGGGAUGUGGAUGUUGCAGGGUUGGAAAGGUCGUAUUUUUCAGGCCAUGUCUUGUUGGCGACCAGCUUAGUCUUCGAGCUUCGAUAGCAGUACGUAGCUUUUGGAAAUGAGUGCAUAUCACAACAUCACACGUUGUGAUUCUGUAACAUAGUUAAUUCAAUUGUUUUGAAUUCAUUUAAUCGAACUUUUCCUGCA